AUGGAAACUUAUAAUAACAGUGGUCCAUUAGUAAUGGUGAUAGAGUAUUUAGAAUCGUCAAUGUCGAAAGAUCUUCUCUGCAAAUUCCCCGACAACUCUGCUUACGAUUUUGACUAUUCCCAGAGCUCUAUUUGGUCUCCUUUAGUAGCUCCUCUGCUGUCUUCCGACCGUAGGCUCAGUUUCGGUCUUUCAAGAAAGUUGUCGUACGAGGAUGAUGAAACCUUGUUUGGGAAUAUUAAGGGGAAGUUUUCUAGUGUGUUGUUUGAUAACAUGAAAGUAUACAAAAAUUUGAAGAAGAGACAGAGAAAGGGGUUUGAUUUUUCUCCUGUACCAUCUUCUUCUAAGGUCGGCUCUAGUACUUCAACUCCAAGAAAGGGGUGGGCUAAGGUGCUAAAAGCGGCUUCUAAGCAUUUUAAGAAGAAGGGCAAGAAGAAAGAUUCUGCAGGUCAUCUUAAUCUUUCCAAAUGUUUAACUGGCAAUAGUCUUUCGCGCACUACUACAUAUCCAUAG